AUGACCUGGACUCCGCCCAAUCCUGCCUCGGUCGGUGCACCCGCCCUGCGCGUGCCUGAGGAUAUCCACACCCACUCCAAGGUGGCCGAGUACAAGCCGCUCCACUUGCACCUCGAUUGGAGCAUCGACUGGAACGCUCGCACCAUCUCGGGUCGCGUCUCGCAUGUCAUCGAGCUUAUUCAGCCCGGCAUCACUUCCAUCAUCCUCGACGCAAGCUACCUCAAGAUCGACUCGGUCCACGUCGAAGGCAAGCAAGUCGACUACACUCUCGGCACUCAGCGCGGUACCCUCGGUGCUCCCCUCCACAUCCCUAUCCCUUCUUCCAUCAACAAAAAGGGGGACAAGGUCCACGUAGACAUCGACUACUCUACCACCGAACACUGCACCGCCCUUGGUUGGCUCACAACCGAGCAGACCGCUGGGCAGACCAACCCUUUCCUCUACUCCCAGUGCCAGGCCAUUCACUGCCGCUCGCUCGUCCCUUGCAUCGACUCACCCUCUCACAAGAUCACCUACACUGCUACUGUCCACUCGCGCAUCCCCGUUCUCAUGUCUGCCCUCAAGGACGACUCCAAGCCUAGCAAAGCUGCCACUUACCACUUUAAGCAGCCCGUCGGCAUUCCCUCGUACCUCAUCGCCAUCGUAGGAGGCGACUUGGAGUUCCGCAAGCUCGGAGAGCGCACCGGUAUCUGGGCCGAACCACCCAAUGCUGAUGCUGUUCAGUGGGAGUUUGAAGCAGAUGCAGAGCGCUUCCUCGAACACGCAGAAAAAGUCAUCUCGCCCUAUUCUUGGACGCGUUACGACUCAGUGGUGCUUCCGCCCUCCUUCCCUUACGGCGGCAUGGAGAACGCCAACUUGACCACCUUGACUCCUUCGCUAGUCUGCGGUGACCGAAGUUUGACCGACGUGCUGCUACACGAGCUCUGCCACUCGUGGUCCGGCAACCUUACCUCAUGCGCCAACUGGACCCACUUUUGGCUCAACGAGGGAUGGACCGUCUACCUCGAGCGUCUAUUGCUUCAGGAGGUUCAUGGGCCCAAGGAGGGGCCUGCUCAUCGUGGCUUUUCUUACAUCAUUGGCUCCAAGGCGCUCAAGGAUGCGCUGGCGCAGUUCACGGACACGCCUCGCUUCCAGCGUUUGAUUCCCGCCUUCAAGGACGGUGAGGAUCCUGACGACGCCUUUAGUUCGAUCCCAUAUGAGAAAGGUUCCAACUUCCUCCUGUACCUCGAACGCACCGUCGGCGGUCUGGACAACUUCCUCCCUUACGCCAAGAGCUACUUCCACGCCUUCUACAACCGUUCCGUCACCACGCAAGAGUGGCGCGAGCAUCUGUUCAAGUUUUUUGAGAGCAACGCAGAGGCGACCGCUGCGCUUCACAAGGUCGAUUGGGACGCUUGGCUCUACGGUGAAGGACUGGAGCUGCCUGUCAAGAUGGAAUACGACACUAGCCUGGCCGAGCAAGCGUUUUCGCUCGCCAGCCGCUGGAUCCAGGUGAUCGAUGGCCAUGCUACGCUCGAGAACGCCAAGUUUAGACCUGCGGACAUCAAAGGCUGGAAUGCCAACCAGGUCGUCGUCUUCCUCGAGCGUCUGCACUCGGGACCCAAGGUGCCUCUGGCCAUCACGCACAAGCUCGACGAGGUGUACGAAUUUAGCAAGGCGUCCAACGGUGAAGUGCUGCUGCGCUUCUUUGAGGUUGCGUUGGAGGUCAAGGGCGGCAAGUACGCUCAGCAGGCUGCCGAAUGGGUCAAGGGACAGGGCAGGAUGAAGUUUUGCCGAACCGUCUACCGCGCACUCAACAAGGUCGAGCCCGAGCUGGCCAAGAAGACGUUCCUCGACAACAAGAGUUUCUACCACCCAAUUGCUGCGGCACAGAUCGAAAAGGAUCUUGGUCUUUGA